AUGGCGAAUCCCAACGACCAAGGAGAUCCUGAAAAGGGCAGCUCUGCAGUAGUUAUUCAACUCAAGAGCAAUACUGGGACAUCUGGCACUACGAAGCGUCAAAUUCGAUAUUUUGAUGAUAGUGACGAAAUCCAACAAAUUGGUUCUUCUAUAAACAGGAAUGUCAAACUCAAGAGAAAAGGUUCGGCCUACUCUAUCCACUCCCUAUCAAGCAUAAGGAGUGGUCAACGAGCAGUUGAUCCUGCCACUGCACUCCCAGUUUUAUACCGCACGUUGAGUAUAGACAUGGAACGCAUGCAGGGGGAAAAGAACGCAGCUAUUAAGAGAAAACACGGCGACAAGACCAUGGCAGAUUUAGAGGAUCUCGAGUGGCACACUCUCUCUAUCCAAGAGGUUUCUCAGAAAUUAGACACAUCUACAGAAACUGGUCUCUCGGUACAAGGCGUCAAAGAUAAAACCGAAGAAUUCGGAGCCAACACUCCAACCCCACCAAAGUCUCGGCUGCUGCAGAAAAUAUUUUUCUAUCUUUUUGGAGGUUUUGGUUCCAUUCUUUUUGGUGGAAGCAUUCUUGUCUUUGUUUCAUGGAAACCACUUGGCGAACCAGAUCCCGCAGUGGCUAACCUAGCUCUGGGAAUCGUUCUGGUUAUUGUAUGGUUAGCACAAGCCGCGUUUAAUGCUUGGCAAGAUUUCUCCUCCUCCAGAGUUAUGAAAAGCAUUACAGGCAUGCUUCCGGAAGACUGCAGUGUUUUGCGUGAUGGAAAAAGAAGAUUAGUUCCGGCAACGGAGGUUGUCCCUGGAGAUAUUCUCUUUUUCAGUGCCGGCAACAAGCUGCCCGCUGAUAUUCGAUUCGUCGAUGUGUCAACUGAUGCGAAAUUCGACAGAAGCAUCUUGACUGGCGAGUCAAAUCCUCUGCCGGCAAUCAUUGAGUCUACUGAGAAGAAUUAUCUUGAAACAAAAUGUAUUGGAAUGCAAGGUACUCACUGUACCUCUGGAAGUGGUCUGGGGAUAGUUGUCGCAACGGGGGACAAUACAGUCUUUGGCCGCAUUGCGAAACUGACAAACAAACCCAAGACCGGCCAAACUGCGCUGCAGAAGGAAAUCUUCAGAUUUGUCCUGAUUAUCGCAACAUUAAUGAUAUUAAUGGUUGUUGUGAUUAUUGCCCUAUGGGCGGGCUUUAUUCGUCACAAAUACCCCGAUUACAUCUCAGUCUCAACAUUAAUUGUAGAUUGUGUAAGCGUGGCUAUUGCCUUUAUUCCAGAGGGUCUGCCAAUAGCCCUAACCGCUUCACUCACAAUUACCGCAGGCAUUAUGAAGAAGAAUGAUAUUCUCUGCAAAUCUCUUAAGACAGUUGAGACCCUGGGAACUGUUUCGGUAUUAUUAUCGGACAAAACAGGGACUCUGACCAAAAAUCAAAUGACCGUGACAGACUGUCUGAUUGGAUCCAAGGUCUUGACUGUCACAGAGGCUAUACAGGAUAUGGAAGAUACAUCUGGUUCACAGAAAACCGCUGCCCUAAAGCAGCUUUGUAUCACUUCUGCCGUGUGCAACGCUGGAGAGUUUGACCCCACAAGUAUUCAUCUUCCAAUAUCGGAGAGAAAGAUUCUUGGUGAUGCGACAGAUCAAGCUAUUCUUCGCUUGUCAGAAUUUUUGGGUCCUGUAAACAAGUCCCGCGAAUUAUGGAUCAAAAGAUUUGACCUCGCAUUUAAUUCGAAGAAUAAAUUCGCUUUACGGAUUAGCUCUCCCCGCGAUCAAUCUUCAUUAGAAACUACGCUCUCUUUUUCUGAAAUGAAUGACUUUGACGCUCAGAAGGAUUACAUUCUAAUGAUCAAGGGUGCGCCAGAUAUUCUGCUCUCUCGAUGCACAAAGUAUGUUGGCGAAGACGGCGGCGUGUAUGACUUUGAUGAACCUAUCCGCUUGUCCAUUGAAGACGCCAAGAACUCAUGGUCAAGCGAAGGUAAACGUGUUUUGGCUCUUGCCCGAAGGUGUCUUCCUGCUAGCAUCAUCCGAACAAAUCCAGAAGAGAAUUUAUUCGAAAAAGAAGCUCUAGAAUUUGCACGUACAAACCUUACGCUUAUCGGGCUCGUUGGUAUAGUGGACGCUCCAAGGGAGGAGGUUCCCGGUGUAAUUGAGACCCUGCACCGAGCCGGCAUCCGCACCGCCAUGGUUACGGGAGAUUUUCAGCUCACAGCUCAAUCCAUUGCUCGCUCAUGUGGUAUUAUUAGCGUACCAGACGCUGAGGUCCACAGCGUCGACAAUCUCCCCCGUGUACCUCCCAAUUUCGAACCCAAGAGAAAUACCAAAUCCAAUCACCUUCCAGCAGAAACCAAGGCGAUUGUCUUGACAGGUCAAGAUCUAAUGACUUUGCUUCCACACCAAUGGCACACUUUAGUUACAGAGUAUUCAGAGAUAGUAUUUGCCCGUACCACGCCAGAGCAUAAACUUCAAAUUGUACGGGAAUUCCAGUCACAAUCUUAUGUUGUCGCCAUGAUCGGAGAUGGCGUCAAUGAUGCCCCAAGUUUGAAACAAGCAGAUAUUGGUAUUUCACCCGCAUCUGGCUCCGAUAUCGCUGUUGAGGCUGCAGAUAUGGUCUUGUUAAGUACAUUCUCUGCUAUUCCAGAGGCUGUUCUCUACGGUCGUGUAGUAUUUGACAAUCUGAAGAAAACAAUUGCGUACUUACUACCGGCUGGCUCCUGGUCAGAGUUCUGGCCAGUGUUUACCAAUGUGGCAUUUGGUUUACCUCAGAUACUCUCUUCUUUUCUCAUGAUUAUUAUAUGCUGUUUCACAGACUGCGCUACUGCAAUUUCCUUGGCUUACGAGAAGCCAGAGGCCAACGUUAUGCUCCAGCCACCUCGAGACAUUGUAAAUGACCGUCUCGUCGACUGGAAACUUCUCUUGCAGGCUUAUGGUUUUGUUGGUACAUUCGAAACAGCCCUCUCUUUUACAAUGUCGUACUGGUACCUACAGCGAAAGGGGUUAACUUUCGGGUCGUUAUGGUUCUCAUUUGGGUCAAUUCCAACUCCCGAAGGACAGACUGAUGAUGACGUUACUACGCACUUGACAGUCGCAUCUUCAGUCUACUUUAUAACUCUAGUAGUAAUGCAGUGGUUUAAUGCGAUGGCCCUGCGUACUCGACACCUCUCAUUGUUCACGCAUCCACCACUGUUCAAUUCCAAAACUCAGAAUUGGCUCCUAUUCCCAGCUAUCUUAUUUGCUCUUGCUAUUGGUUUGAUAUUCACGAUGGUUCCUGGCAUUGAUUAUCUUGGCUGUGCCCCAGUUCCUGUUGAGCACUGGUUUAUUCCUAUGGCAUUAGGCCUUGGCCUAUUAGGUAUUGAUGAGCUAAGGAAGGCGGUUAAGAGAAGAUAUUCUAGUGGAUUCAUCGCAAGAAUUGCUUGGUAA